AUGGGCCGCUUCCAUCCCGUCUACAUCCGUCGCUCGGAUGGCAUGCUCGAGACGGCCACAAAGACCGGCGCCCGCAUCGUCAAAGAGGCCAACAAGCCCACGCCUAAGCAGCUGGACGACAAACCCAAGACCAAUGGAGUCAAGGAUUACUAUCGUGAAGUCGCCAUCGACGAGUCCAAGCACAUGGACUGGAGACGAAAGCUUGCUGCCAUGCUUGCUCGCGACUUGAACCUCGACAUGGGCUACAUCCUCGCCCACUUCCCCGAGAACUACCGCCUCUUCGAGCACGUCAAGACAGCGCCACCGAGAAAGGCAGGAGAAGGAGAGCCCAAGACAAAGACACAUGCCGGAGGCGGCAACGAGCGUCAAGAUGCCUACCUGUCCGGCCAUCCUCUCGGUCGCAAGAAGCGCUUCAGAAGUCCCGGUGACUUUUAUCCGCACCUUCUCUGGUUGGCCACGGAUCCCGAAGGUGACACGGACAACUGCGCCUGCAAGAUCUGCUGUCCUGAAGAGCUAGAUGCCGCGAAAGAGAAGGACACAAACACAACCCCCGUUCUCGCUCGUCGUCCCUCCAACCAGGCGAAACCUGCCAACGUCCCCACUCCUGCUACUGCUCAGACUUCAACUCCUGCAAACGUUACCGCUCGCGUCGAUGCGACAUCGACAUCGACCCCGAUCGCUCCCCAGCCGGUCGCUGCUUCUUCUCGUUCCGUCGCUCCUGCACAAGCAGCUCCGCGCGUACCACCCAAGCCCGAGGACUAUGAAAUUGAUCGCCAAUAUGGCAUCUUUCUGUUUCGACAAGGUGAGAUGGUCUGGUUCGACCGUCAAGGCGCAUGGGGGCUGGGCGUCAUCAUCGAGCGAACCAAGGUCGGCAACAACUCCAACUACAGAGUGCAGCCUCUCUCGUUCCCCGAUCACCCUACCCAAUCAGUCACCAUCACAAGAGACCGCGACCUUCGCCCAUGGCUGGCAUGGUCGGUUCCUCCCUACACCCAUCAGGCUUUGAACCAAGUGACACAUCCUCUGCACUACAACAGUUUCGACUUCAAUGCCCUGGCUCAAGGAAAGUAUGGCCCGGGCACUACCGAGAUCGAUGCUAGUAUCAUGGCUGCAAAGGCUAUCGACGCCACAUAUACUCCCUUCUGUCCUUCAUCGCGCUCCGAAACUCAAUCAUACACGGAAAUCCGCUGGGAUGCCAUCUACCUGGGAGCCGAGAAGAUCUGGGUCAACGAGCCUGUUCGCUUGGCCACUCCUGCCGGCCAAGAGGCACCUCGCGUCCUAGUCGUCAGAGCAAUCGUCGAACGUUCCCAAAAAUCUUCACAGCAAGCUUAUUCUUCAGUCUCCUUCAUAGGAGAUGUCUACGUCAUGUUGCCAGCACCAAUGGAGCCUAUCACCAUGAACCGCGCUCCCGGCGGCAUCGUUUCUGGCUCGGAUACCACCAACGUCCCUCUGCGUUUGCUAGAAGACAUACGUCGCCGCAACAUCGCCACCAUCCAAGCAAAGGGCAAGGCCUACCAGUGGAAACUUCUUGAACGCAACAAAGUUGUGGACUUGAAGGAAGUCAAGGGCAGAUGGUAUGAGUCUACCUUGUUCCUUCCGAUCCUCCUAUCACGCCAGGCAGAGGAGUACGAAGAACGUGUCAGAGAAGGCGUAAUUCCCGAAGUCUUGGUUCUGAUGAAUGGCCACGGCGACUGCAACAAGGAUCCCAAUGAUCACAGACGAUUGCUUCCAGACGUACGAGCAGCCACACGUGAACAGGCCUGGGGGAAGGCUGUACCAGCUCGCACUAUCAUCCAAGAUAGCUCCAAUCGACCUGUUGCGACUCAGCAGCCUGGUCCAGCACAGCAGCAGCAACAAUCACGCGUUGUCAGCGGGAGCGGUGUUGCACCCAGCUACCAGAUUCCCAACGGACAUCAGAACCACGCGAGUGUUGCAUCUGCAAGUGACAAUGCGUCAACAUCCGCUUCAGUCGCACCUUCAGCUCAGCAGAUGCCAGACAAUCCAGCAACAGGCUUUGAAGAGUUCAUGGAUUUGGAGGGUCUUGGUGGCGCCGAUAUGAUGGGUGGCUUCGACCAAUCUUACGUCUAA